AUGAUUCAACAUCCUGGAAUCAAGAAUGAAACAGCAAUUAUUUUGAAAGGACUUCAGGGAACAGGUAAAAACAGAUUUACAGACAUUAUUUCUGAACUUCUCGCCGGUUAUUCAUGUAAAAACAUUACCGAAAUAGGUGAGCUAACGGGUAAUUUCAACUCAGUAGUUGAGAAUAAAAUGUUUCUUGUACUUAAUGAACUCAAGAAUGUAGGUGAAGAUAGACUCGCAAACUUCAACGCUUUGAAAUCAAUUAUAACGGAUAAUGAGAUUAGAAUUAAUGAAAAGAAUCAACCCAGAAGAACAGCACAGAACGUUGCAAACUUCAUUUUCGUAACUAAUAACGUUUACCCUGUCAAAAUUGAAGUUGGAGACAGAAGAUACGUAGUUUUAAGAGUUAAUGGUAAAUUCAAGGGGCAAUUUGAUUACUUCAAGAAUUUGAUGAAUUCAUGCACAAAGGAAUUUUAUGAUAAUUUACUAACAUAUUUUAUGCAAUAUGACCUUUCAUCAUUUAAUGUACGAAUCAUACCGAUGACUGAAGCCAAACAAGAUUUAAUAGAAUUAUCAACAAAUCCUUUAGAUGAAUGGAUAAAUACACAUUAUGAUGAAUUGUGUGCAGGUAUGACGUGUAAAAAUGCUCUAUUCUGCAAACCAUCAGGCAUGAAAGACAAGAAUUUCCAAAUGAGCAUUAAGGAUAAAUGUGAAAGGAAACAGAGAAGAAUAGAUGGUAAACAAACAUGGUGUUAUGUUUUGAAAGAAGAAAUGAAAGGAUUAUAUAAACAGGUUGAACCAAACGAUAAUGAGGAUUCAUUUACUGACGAUGAAAUACCUGUAAAUGAAGCUUUAUAA